AUGCAUUUGCUCAUGCUUCAAAUCAAUUGUGCAAACGAUUUAUUAAGUAAUAAAAAGGAGAGGAAAAAAUAUGACAACACCAGGCAAGCUGUUGAAGAGUAUGCCGCUGAAGUAUUUAAAAAUCCUAACCUACCAGAAUGGUUAGAUGAUGACGAGGACGAUGAAUCAGAAAGUGAUUGCGACUUUGAAUAUAAUUCUGAUUCUGAUGACGAAUCUGAAUCUGAUUCAGAGGAUGAUUCUGAUGACGAAUCUGAAUCUGAUUCAGAGGAUGAUUCUGAUGAUGAAGCGAAUUUAACAUUAAUGGAAUGUUCCCACAGUGAUCAUCUAGAUAAUGAAUCAAGUGUUGGCCAACUGGAGGAGGAGGAUGACGAUUCAUAUGAAGAAUUGGACGAUGAGGAGGACGAAGAUGAAGAUGAUGCAAGGGAAGAUAUUCCUAACGAGGAAUGGCUUGAAGAAUCAGACGAGGAAGCAUGA